CCCAAAAUAUCUCCCUACUUUCCAGAACCCCUGGUUGAUCCUAAUUCAUGUCUCCCCUUCCCGCCAAUCGAUGUCCCCAGUUUCGGGUUGGUCCAGGAGCAGCUUGCACACGAUCCAUUUCGCCUACUUCUUGCUACCAUCUUCCUCAACCGUACACGCGGUGGCGUUGCCCUGCCAGUUUUAUUUCAAGUUUUCGAUCGCUUCCCAACAAUCGAGGAUAUGGCCGCAGCCAACCCACCAGAGCUAGUAUCUAUGAUCCACUGUCUAGGUUUCCAAAAUCAACGCGCGAAAAAAUGCAUCACCCUGGCGCAGACCUGGCUAGCCCGUACCCCCGCAUGCGGGAAGCGGUACCGCAAACUCAAUUACCCAAACAAAUACGACGGCAGGGAUGUCAAACCAGGAGAAUGCAUCGGCGAUAAUGAUCCGCGCGUAGCCUGGGAAAUCGGCCAUCUUCCUGGCGUCGGCGCUUACUCGUUGGACAGCUGGCGGAUUUUCUGUCGCGAUGAGUUGCGGGGUUUAGCAAAGGAUUGGAAAGCGGGUGGUGCCACGACGGCUGCAGAAUCUGCUGGGUUUGUUCCCGAGUGGAAGUCUGUGCUGCCGCAAGAUAAGGAACUCAGAGCUUAUCUGACGUGGAUGUGGCUCAAGGAAGGUUGGAUCUGGGAUCGACAUACGGGGGAGAGGACAAGGGCGAGCGAGAAAAUGAUGCGGGCUGCGCGACGUGGAGCAAUUGCUCACAUCGAGGAAGGCAAUUGGGUGUUGGAAACGUCACCAGUGAAGCGGGCUAUUUAG